UUUACAGUCUCUGUAUUUUCUCUACCGAACACACCCAAUUUGGGUCGCCGUGCACAUGGCCCUUUCCAUCUCUUCUCAUCCUCUGACCUCUCCUUCUUCUUCCUCUACUUCUUAUUCUCAGCUACCGAAAUCUACGGUUCCACGGGAGACUCUCAUCGCACUUCGCUUUCAACGGCGUUCCCCGCUUUCCUUCGGACAUCUCCGCCACAGCCUCGGUCCGAUGAACUCUCAGCGAACAACCUGUCAUGCCUCUCCAACGACGUCGCCACCAGCCAACAUUGGUCGAGUCGGAGAGGUGAAGAGGGUUACGAAGGAGACGGAUGUGUCGGUGAGGAUAAACUUGGAUGGUUCUGGUGAAGCUGAUAGCAGUACUGGGAUUCCAUUUCUCGACCAUAUGUUGGACCAACUUGCUUCACAUGGGUUAUUCGACGUGCAUGUGAAGGCUACUGGUGACACUCAUAUUGAUGAUCAUCACACAAACGAAGAUGUUGCCCUUGCCAUUGGAACGGCUUUACUGCAGGCGCUUGGUGAUAGAAGAGGAAUUAACCGAUUUGGUGACUUCUCUGCUCCACUUGACGAAGCACUAAUACAUGUUUCACUGGAUUUAUCUGGACGGCCACAUUUAAGUUAUGGUUUACAGAUACCUACUCAAAGAGUUGGAACAUAUGAUACACAGCUGGUGGAGCACUUUUUCCAGUCUCUGGUCAAUACUUCUGGUAUGACACUCCACAUCCGGCAGAAACAGCUAGCUGGAAAAAAUUCUCACCACAUAAUUGAGGCAACUUUUAAGGCUUUUGCAAGAGCAUUAAGGCAAGCAACAGAAUAUGAUCCACGUCGUCUUGGGACUGUGCCAAGCUCAAAAGGGAUUCUAUCACGAACCUGACAUUGCGAUCACCAGGGCAGAAGUAGAAGUUGGAUGGCUGAUUAUUACAGUGAGUUGUCAUCUUCUAUUACACCAGUCCAGUUUUAAAUGCUGAAGCAGCAAGCCAACAGCCAACAAUAACUGGUGCAAUGGGCAUUUCAAGGUGUUGGAAUAAGCUGAACGAUUUUGUAGUUUGAUUUAAGGGGCAUUUCGGAACUUGGUAGAGUGAACUGGAACUACAUUAUAUGCAUGUACUACAGCAGGUACUUGGUAAGCCAUGGGCACGGUCACAUUCGACAAGAAGAAGUCUUCGUGACUAUGCAUGUAUGUUGCUAUGCACGAGCAAGUUAAUACCGAGUAGUGCCACAUUUAAUAUUCAGUGUUUCAAUUUACAGAUUUGAUGUGUUAUUAGGACGAUUCUCGUAUCCAAUCUUGUGGAGAAUCUCAGCAUUAGCUGUCUCAUUAACCUGUUUCUUAAUUUCCUUAUUUCGUAGAGUCUAGUAAUUUGUUUCCUAGUUUGAGUGGAGAAUAAAUCCCUCUCAAAACUAGGGGUAAGUUUCUUAAUUUAGUGUAGUUGUAACUUUCUAAUUAAAUGUAUAUAAAUCUCAUAAUAAGAACUUAGAAGGUUUAGUCUUUUAUAUGUA